GACAUUUUCAUUUUCAAAAGAAUAAUUGAAUAGACUUGGCGUGGCACCCCCUUUGUGUCUCCUUCUUCUUUCUUUAUGUCCUUGUCGCUAUCAUAGAGUGGUCGAAGAAAGGCCAUCGCACCAGUGCAAUUGAUUAGUUAUCUCGUACGUGGUUAUCAAACUCUUUCUCUUUGAUCAGACCAUCAGCAUGAAGGCUCUAAUCCUUGUAGGAGGUUUUGGAACUAGACUUCGCCCUCUGACGUUGUCGAAGCCGAAGCCACUCGUAGAAUUCGGCAACAAGCCAAUUGUGUUGCAUCAGAUCGAGGCGUUGGCUGCGGCCGGUGUCCGCCAUGUGGUCCUGGCUGUCAGCUACAGAGCUGAGUUGCUGCAGAGCGAGAUGAAAAUCCAAGAGGAAAAGCUUGGCAUCCGUAUCACCAUCUCUCAAGAAGAUGAGCCUAUGGGAACAGCUGGUCCACUGGCUGUUGCUCGCGAAAUUCUUGCAGCCGAUGAUGAGCCUUUCUUUGUGCUCAACAGCGACAUCACAUGCAACUACCCGUUCAAGCAGAUGAUUGAGUUCCAUAAGGCGCACGGCAAGGAAGGCUCUCUUGUGGUGACCAAGGUGGAAGAGCCGUCCAAGUACGGUGUGGUGGUGUACGACAGCAAGUCUGGGGAGAUUCAGCGAUUCGUUGAGAAGCCUCAGACAUUCGUCUCCAACAAGAUCAACGCUGGAAUGUACAUUUUCUCACCGAAAAUGCUAUCCAGGAUACCUCUUCGACCCACCUCUAUUGAGAAGGAGAUCUUCCCUGUAAUGGCGCAGGACAACAACCUGUAUGCUAUGGAACUUGAUGGAUUCUGGAUGGACAUUGGACAACCGAAAGACUUCCUGACGGGAAUGUGUAUGUAUCUCGGCUCUCUUCGUCAGCUUUCCCCGGAUCGACUAUACAGUGGUGAAGGUGUCGUAGGGAAUGUGCUUGUGGACCCAAGUGCGAAGAUCGGUAGUCAAUGUCGCAUCGGUCCCGAUGUUGUCAUUGGACCUGGCGUGGUUGUUGAUGAUGGCGCAUGCAUAUCCAGGUGCACGGUAUUAGAAGGUGCUCGCGUCAAGUCUCACUCAUGGCUCAAGAGCAGCAUCAUCGGCUGGCGCUCGUGUGUCGGCAAAUGGGUUCGCAUGGAGAACAUCAGCGUACUAGGCGAGGACGUAAUUAUCCAGGACGAACUCUUCAUCAAUGGCGGCAUCAUUCUCCCUCACAAGAACAUCGGAGUGUCAGUAGUGGAGCCUCGCAUUGUCAUGUAAAAUAGUCCUAUCGUAGACGGUCUGAGAAUGCCCUUGUCCGUUUCAGUUUUCUUCCUUUUAUUUGAAUUUCUUUCCCCCUUUUUUCAUAUGAGAACUUUAUUCCAAUCCUUAUAACGUUAGCUUACAGUCAUGAUGUGUAUUUCUGAGAUAGCAGUUGUUCAAAUUACCUAUUGAUGUGCAAUAUGCAGUGUUUUUCUACUGGAUAGGCAUGUCGUCAGCUUUUUUCUUCCUUUAAUUUCCGCAUUGUGCACAUAGGGAAAACGAGUUAUUUUCUUUUAUAUUAAUUUUUGCUCUAUUGUCUUCUAACCGUUUCACAGAAUGAUGUGAAAAAGUCACCUUCGUUAUUCGUUAUUUUGUUUUUCAGGACAUAGCUGGUGUCUGCCAGGUUGUCUGUCAUGUUGCCUGCCACGUUGAUGAUGCACUGAAGUAAUUCCUAUCCAGCUCAA